GCUGGAUUGAUCGCCUCACUUAAAGUAGCCCGGCAUGGCAUGAGUCCUGCUUCUGAGCGUACUUUUCUCGUGCUACGCGUAGACAUGAGAUUUGCGCAAGUCCGGGUUCCCUUUCCCACUCUUGAUCUUUCUUGGCUGACUCUAAGCAGCAAGCUCGUUUUCUUAGCGCGAACGCAAGCGUGUCAACGACAACUCAGCCUAACUUGA